CGUCAUGCUUCCAGCUUAAAGCAAUAACAAUAACAAGCCCAGCGACAAAGACAGCUGCAGCAGCUGUGUCCCUGUGUAUGAGAGCGGUGCGGAGUCAGGGAACCAGGGUCUGAGCCUACAGAACUAGCAGCAUGUCCCACAGUGAAGGGCAGAACCUUCAGGAUGAGCCCCUGCAGGCAGGUUCCUGGGUAGAGCUACAUUUCAGCAAUAAUGGAAAUGGUGGCGUGGGGACAGUCGGAGCACAAGAACAGGUGCCAGCCUCCAUCUCCAUUCACAAUGGGGAUAUGGAAAAGAUACUGUUGGAUGCCCAACAUGAGUCUGGAAGGAGCAGCUCCAGGGAGAGUUCUCACUGUGAUAGCCCACCACGAUCUCAGACCCCUCAGAGCAUUCAAAGACUGAGCGACACCGACACCCAUGGGAGUAAAGAGAAGAGCAGUUCUCAGUCAGAAGAAGAUUACAUUGAACGAAGGAAAGAAUUAGAAAACUUACUCAAGAAGAAUUCAGACUGGAUCUGGGAUUGGUCUAGCAGGCCAGAGAAUAUUCCACCAAAGGAAUUUGUCUUCAAACAUCCAAAGCGAAGCGCUGCAUUAAGUAUGAGGAACACAAGUGUCAUGAAAAAAGGUGGAAUUUUCUCAGCAGAAUUUUUAAAGGUGUUUCUUCCGUCUUUACUGCUGUCUCAUCUUCUUGCUAUCGGACUGGGGGUGUAUAUUGGAAGGCGUCUGACAACUUCUACGGCGACGUUUUAGAUCAGAGAGACGGCCUCAGAAACGAGAAGACACCGGAACCUUGGUCAUACAGUAUAUCUAGUUCUGUUGAAUGUUAUGUAAAAGGUCUGUCCUCCUUAGGAUGGGGGGGUAGUAAUCUCUAUACCUAAGGUAUCCCAUUUCAUUCAGUGGGCAUGUUUAAGUAGAUUUUCUUCAACUGUGAAUUGUAGUUGCUUAAGUAUUGGUCAAUAUUAUGUAAAAA